AUGCGCAUGCGCAUGCCGCCGCUUCGUGAUCUCUUCCCGACGAAAUGGCGUAAUCACAACUUGAUGUAUAUAUUGAUGACCAUCGAACUGCCUCUUACGGUCAUCAUCCUCACGCUUACGGGUAUCGCCUCUCAUGACCUCUACCGGACGAAGCUUUGGCAGGAUGGCGCAGACAAUGGGUUUAACAGUUCGCCAAAUGAAAGGCUCUACGCCGCGGCCAACCAUCGGUCCUUCAAGACCCCCAUUGUUUGGAGUUCAUUUAUCACCGAGUACAACCUCGUCCUUGGAAUUCUGAGUGUCUUCGUGUGGAUUACAAAGAUUCCGGUCCACAUCCUUCACAUGCUUACUCCGCCCUUGUCGGCCUUUGUCCACGCUGGCUUGAUCGCCGUGUAUAUCUAUUCCGUUCGUUAUCAGGCCGGUCCCGACAUGUCUGACCCCGAGCAUCCUCAACCGGGCGCACCAUGGUACAUCACGAAGAAAUGCUCAGUGGCUGCCGUAAAAACAGACGUUCACUACUGUAUGCAAGCCAAGGCACUGUUUGCAUUUUCGAUAAUUCUCAUCCUAUACUACGUUGUCGUGCUCGGCGUCAGCUUGCAAAACUGCGUCAUGACGAAAGAAGAGCGUCAAGAACGGGAAGAGCUGCGCGAAGAACGAAGGACUAUGAAAGAGUUCGAAGACUACGUUCUCAAGUCGCCUGGUAUUCCUAUGACCGUACCAAGGCAAACCGGGCCCAUGCCGACGGGCAUGCCUGGCAAGGCACCAUUCCAUAAGACUAUCACUCGAAGCACGGAUGUAUCGUCGGCGGAUCUUCCACUUCGUCAACACUUCAGUUCACCGAACCCUCGCCGCUCAAUGCACCAAGUGUCGGCGGAGACACUUUCCGGGCAUCAAGCCCAGUCCCAGACAUCCUUUGUGCAGACCAACAAGGCGGGGGAGAACUAA